AUGAGCGAAGAUUCCCAGAGAAAUGAUGGCGGAGCUCUCGUGGCCAAGCCGUCCGCCGCCGACGAUCGGAAAUAUGCAUCCCCGCCGGCGUCUUCUAUUACCGUGUCCAAGAAGGUCAUCAUCAAUAGUGCCGAUAUGAAGGACGAUAUGCAGAAAGAAGCCGUCGACAUCGCUAUUGCGGCAUUUGAGAAGAACAGCUUGGAGAAGGAUGUAGCUGAGCAUAUAAAGGAGUUCGAUAAGAAGCAUGACCCAAUUUACCCGACUGCCAUGGCCGCCGGACUCGGGUCAAGCACACAAACCUGA